CUCGGUACCCGGCGGACUUGAUCAGGCAUGACCUCUAAAACUCCGCACAUUUACGUAAAUAUCUCGUAUCGUUUAUGUGAAUAUUAAUUCGAUAAAAUGUAUUGAACUAAGAAAAUGUACCAACCUCAUGUUCAUAGAACUGUAUAAUGUUUUUCGUAAAUUACAGUUUGUGUAUAGUGAUUAUAAAUUUAUAAUCGUGCAAGUUGACAAUACAAUAGUUGGAAGUUUCAAAGUAUUAAAUAAGUUAGUUACAAUGGAUAGCGAAAUUUUGAUGUUCCACGGUUGAAAGCAUUCACGUGAAGAGCAGAAGACUCAGCACCCAUGAAGCUUGCCAACCAUGAGUGCUUGGUGCUGCGUCGUGAUCAUGGUAUCGACAAUUAGUACCGGCGUGCUCUCUCCCGCGCCGAUGAACGCGGAAGUCAAGGAAACUUACGAUCGCCAAUAUUGGUAUGCCCAAGCCCAAGAAACGUUACAAAAGCGCCUUCAAUACGCCACUGGAAAAAACCCAAUCGCCAAGAACGUGAUACUGGUAGUUGGAGACGGUAUGAGCUUAACAACCGCAACCGCUGCGAGAAUAUUGCGAGGACAACGGCGUGGUCAGAGCGGAGAGGACACCGACUUAGUGUGGGAUACGUUCCCUGCUGUUGCAUUAGCUAAGACCUACAACGUGGACGCUCAAACCGGCGAGUCAUCAGCGUGUGCGACGGCCCUCUUAUGUGGGGUAAAGGCAAGAUAUGAAACUCUGGGCCUCGACGCUGGAGCCAGAUUCAAUAACUGCGCCUCCGCGAUCAAUUCUAAAGUCACAUCUUUGAUUGAUUGGGCACAUGAUGCAGGUAAAUCAAGUGGUAUCGUAACCACAGCUAGGAUAACCCACGCGACCCCAGCAGCUCUAUACGCCCAUGCACCGUCAAGGUAUUGGGAAGAUGACAGUCGCGUACCACCCACCGUAAGACGGGACUGUAAGGAUAUAGCCCUGCAACUGGUAGAGAAUGAACCAGGAAGGAGCAUAAAUGUAAUAAUGGGCGGGGGAAGACGACAUUUCCUCCCAACUGUAACACCAGACCCGGAACACCCAAAUCGCGAAGGCAGAAGACUUGACGGCAGAAAUCUCGCAGAAGACUGGGCGAGGGAAAAGAAAAGGCGGCAUUUGCGAGCCCAGUAUAUUCAUUCAAGAGAACAGCUGUCUAAACUCGACCCUCGGUCGGUGGAUUAUUUGCUAGGGUUAUUCGAAUACUCUCAUAUGGAGUUCAACGCGGAGCGGGGUGCGGUAGCGGACGCGGAGGAGGGCACGAGCGCAAGCGGAAACGUGAAGGCCGAAGAUCCUUCACUGGCUGACAUGACACGCGCUGCGCUGUCUAUAUUGACAAAGAAUGAUAAGGGAUUCUUCUUAUUACUCGAGGGUGGAAGAAUAGACCAUGCUCAUCAUUAUAACAAUCCAUACAGAGCGUUAGAUGAAACGCUAGAAUUAGAAACGGCCUUAUUAGCAGCAUUGGAGAGGGUGAAUCCGGCGGAAACUUUGAUCGUGGUGACAGCUGACCACGGUCAUGUCUUGACAUUUGGUGGUCAGGCUACGCCUCGAGGUCACCCAAUUUUAGGUGCAGAUACAGUUCCAUCAGAUAUAGAUGGUCUGAAAUAUACGACGCUUCUCUAUGGCACUGGGCCAGGUCACUCUGAGCCCAGAGCGUUACCAUACAAUGGCACUGCCUCGAUGGCAGUGGAUGCGGUUCAUGCAGCAGCCGUGCCGAGGCAGUGGUCCACGCAUGGAGGAGAAGAUGUGCCUAUUUAUGCACAUGGACCAAUGGCAACAAUUCUGUUUACGGGGGUAGUAGAGCAAAGCUACAUACCGCAUGCGAUAGCGUACGCGGCCUGCCUAGCGCAUCAAGCACGGCGAUGUAUAGAGACUACCCUCAAUUUUAGUAAACCACAGAUAAAAAUACCUAGUUGUGUUCCACCUGAAGUGAGCAGUGUGUCAGCACCAGAUGAACAGAGAAACGAAGGGACUAGUGGGCGGCGUGUGGUUGUCGCAUCAAGCGUUAUGUCAGACGAACGAGCGCCGCGAUCUAUAUCCGCACCACUCAUCACUAACCGCUACCUAAUUGCAUUCGCGUUUUAUUUAGCAAAGAACAUUUGUAAAUAUACAGAAUCAGCUCACAGUUUCUAUCUAGGACUGUAAGUACUGACGGACAUUGUAAAUAGUUGAAGAGAUGUUUUGAAAUUGUAUGUUUUGAAUACUGAAGUCACAUUUCAUCACUGCUAGACCCCUCCGUUUUUGGCAAGUUUCACGAGUAGUUCGCUCUGCGUGUGGGCGUAUUUGCAUUAGAAGGUAAUGGCAUGGCAAACCUCAAAUUAAAAAUGUCACAUGUUUUGCUUAAGGGGACUACUAGACCUAAUAACACGUUUAGACGUAUGAUAUGAUUCAGGAUGUGUUAUAUUAAUUUGAUAGUGUGUUUAAAACAUAACGUUACAAAUUUGAUAAAACAAAAAGAUCAAAAAUAUGCCUUUAAACAUUAAUUU